AUGAAGUCCAAGAGUAUCAUGGCCGCUUCAACAGUGAUGGAGCUUGCUCUUGCCCAAGCUUCUGCUGAUCCUCUUUGCUCUACCAUCAUCAAUCUUCAGCCUAUUGAAUAUCAAUUCCAGCAGCCUGUUCUCAUCGACUCCUACUUCCCUGCCAACACUGACAUUGUCCUCGAUGAUGGCCACGUUGUACAUGUCACCAAUGCUCCAACCUCUUUGAGCACUGUUCUGACGGAUGUCUCGACAAGCUCGACUACACUGACCAGUAGUGCUUCCAACGGCAACGGCAAUCCGCCAGACGGAGGCUAUCUCACCUUCACCGUUCCUGCGAACCCUGAUGAUAUUGGCAAUCAUCCUGUCACCAAGACAUAUCCCCCAACUGAGCCCGGCCAGCCGGGCAUUGUGGUCAUUCAGGUUCCAACAUCUCCUCCUGGAGCUGAUGGCAUCCCUACCUCUUCUGUCCCAUACGUGACGGUCACUACCACUGGAGACUUCCCUUCUCUUACCGGCCCUGUCACGACUACUGUCACUCCUGGUGAGCCAGGAGCAACCGGUAGUGUCAUUAUUGAGGUCCCCAACACCAAGAUUACUUCUCCCUCAGCAUCUUAUGUUACCGUCACUACUCCAGGAAGCGUUGCCCCAACUGACGCCCCUCGCACAAGCACUAUUCCUCCCAGUAACCCUACGGAUCCUGGCACGGUUAUUGUUGUGGUUCCAAGCUCCCAGGCUUCAUCUGUUUCCUCGAUCCCAUUUGUUACUGUUACCACCACUGGUAGUACCCUCAACCCAACGGAUGAUCCCAUCACGUCGACUAUUUCCCCAUCUGGGUCAACAGGUUCCGGCACUGUCAUAGUGGAGGUUCCGCCUUCCAGUUCCCCUAGCGGCUCUGGCGCAUCCUCCUCCCCUGUCUCUGUCGUUACCCGCACUGUCACUGGAGACGAUGGUAAUGGUGAGCCCUCUACGACUACUAUCACCCCCACCGCAAGCUCUGGUCCCGGGACCGUUAUUGUUGAAGUCCCGCCCCCCACCAACAGCCCCUCGGCUACAUCACCUGGAAGCAGCAGGCCUGGAGGUCCUGGUUCCUCUGGAACUGGCAGCUCUGCUAGUCAGGGGCCUAGCGAUAGCGCCGCUCUAUCUAGUAGCACUGGCGAUGCUGGACCAUCCUCAUCUGUGCCGGAGUCUUCUAGUCCCAGUCGGGCGACUACAGAUGAUGCUGCUUCGAGCACUUCCGCCAGCGCACCUGCAAGUAGUUCAGCUGCAUCAUCAAUCACGCAGUCUGAGACACCAUCCAGUGCUGGCGCAGAGACGAGCACCCCUGCCACUUCUCCUGCUUCUUCUUCUGCCCCUUCAACGAGCGAUGCAGAUACCAGCUCUCCUGUCAACCCCACCACCUCCAGCCCUGUUUCGUCAGCAGCUACCUCUGCCCCUGGUUCUUCUACAGAGUCCGCUCCUAGCUCAUCCACCAGUGCAGCGGCCGCGAACUUUGAUCCUUGCCCCGACAGUCUCUAUGGAAACCCUCAGUGCUGUUCCGUCGACGUUCUUGGGGUUGCAGACGUUGAAUGCGAUUCACCCACCGAGUCUCCUACCGAUGCCGAUAACUUCCAAGCCAUCUGCGCAGCUAGUGGUCAGCGAGCUCGAUGCUGUGUCCUCCCUGUGUAA